AUUCAAGCUCGGUACGUCACUAUGAAGUUAUUCUUCAGUGAAAGUCAUAAGGUAAGUUUAUAAAGUUAUAUUCUUAGAGGAUUUUUGUCUUGUUUUGGUCUCGUUUUGUGUCGCACCAGAAAGCAUCACAUUCCACCCUGAAGUAGUGGAGGCCAUCCCCUUUUUUUCUACCACUGCCUUGGAGCAAAUAAUACGCCCCCCCUCUAUACUUUUCUAAGCUUACAAAAAGUGGAGCAGCAGAGGCUGUGAAGGCAGAAGGUGUUGCUGUUCUGCCACCAACAGACCGCAAAACACCCAACAACACCAAAUCUGGCCUUUUUUUCCUCUUUCUUUUUGCUUCAUUUUUUGAGACACUUCCUCAGUGGAGGAAGGAAGAAGUUAGCAGUUAUUGUCAUUUUUUUCAGUAGGAAAGCUUUAUUUAUCGGUGAUGUCUCUGUGCGGGGAUGUGUGUGUGGUGACGGGAGCCUGUGGAUUCCUGGGAAAGAGGCUGGUGAAGCUGUUGCUGCAGGAGGAGAAAACGGCCGAGAUCCGAUUCCUGGACAAACACGUACCCCCACAGGUUUUACAGAGUCUGGAGGACUGCAGAGGAGAGACAAAACUGAGCGUGUUUGAAGGCGACAUAAGAGACGGUGAGUUCCUGAGAAAAGCCUGUCGGGGGGCAUCAACGGUCUUCCACAUCGCAUCCAUCAUUGAUGUUAUUGACUCGGUGGAGUACAGCGAGAUCUACGGGGUCAAUGUCAAAGGAACGCAGCUUCUUCUGGAAGCAUGCAUCCAGGAAAACAUUGCCUCCUUCAUCUACACCAGCACAGUGGAGGUGAUGGGCCCCAACCCCAGGGGAGACCCCAUCAUCAACGGCAGCGAGGACACCGUGUAUGAAAGCAGUCUCAAGUUCAACUACAGCAAGACCAAAAAGGAGGCUGAGGAGAGAACCCUGCGCGCUAACGGCGAGGCGCUCCAGAACGGAGGCCGGCUGGCCACGUGUGCCCUCAGACCCAUGUACAUCUACGGAGAGGGCUGCCGCUUCCUCCUGGGCCACAUGGGGGACGGAGUACGAAACCAGAAUGUCCUGUACCGCAUGUCUGUGCGGGAAGCCCUUGUCAACCCUGUGUACGUGGGUAACGUGGCCACCGCUCAUCUCCAAGCGGCCCGGAGCCUCAAAGAUCCUCAAAGAAGACAGACAGUUGGCGGGAAGUUCUUCUUCAUCUCUGAUGACACGCCACCUGUGAGCUACUCAGACUUUAACCACGUUGUGUUGGCUCCUCUGGGCUUCAGCAUCCAGGAAAACUUCAUGGUGCCUCUCCGAUUCUUCUACGUGGUGUGUUUCUUUAUGGAGACAGUGUGCUUGAUGCUGCGGCCUUUCAUACGCAUCGUUCCACCGGUCAACCGGCAGCUCCUCACCAUGUUGAACACAACGUUCACCUUCUCCUACCAGAAAGCUAAGCAGGAGCUGGGAUAUAUGCCUCAGUACAGUUGGGCAGAAGCACGCAGACACACCAGGGAGUGGCUGGCCUCAGAGCUGCCACUGGAGAGAGAGAGGAUAUGGUCCAAAUAAUGAUUAGAAUCACUGCUAACGCUCUGAAACAGGAAAAAAGAUAUAUUCACCACACAGUUAUUCCAACAGCCCAUCUUACAAACGAGCCAACAGCAGACUACGCUGCUGUGCGUUGAGCGCUCAUACAGCUCAGAGCAGCCGUCUCCACCUACCAACCUAUCUGCUAAUCAGGAAAUUGAAUGUUUUUUAACAAAAAAGAUUCCAGCACAAACGUCACCAAAUUACUGACAUGCAUUCAGACGGGAUUCAAAUUAACUCGAGACUUGUGUUUGGUGAAAUAGGUAAUUUUUGCGGUGAAAAUCUUACUUUAUAAAUCACAGACAUGGCGCAUUUGGACGGGAUUAAAUGAAUCCCGUGCGAAAGGGGCAUAUGCAUUUAGAUUUUCUUUCAUUCAGUUUUGGUUUUAUAGGUAUUUUCCUAAACCUAAUUUCUGGCCUGUAUGUUACUGUGUAUAUUAAUAAAAAAACUUAUUGUAAAAAAUAUUUCUCACUGUGCCUUUACAUUUUUACAUUGUUUAUAUAACAAUAGUUAUUUUACUGUACAAUUUAACAUUUUUAAAAAGUCCAACUCAUUUCUACUUUUGAAAAGUUUGAAUAAAAAAGUCCUUUUUAAUCCAUUAAUUUCUUCCAGAUAUCCCUGUUUUUGGCUUGGGAAGUUGGGAAGA